AUGGAUCGAGCGCAACGACUGCAGCUUCUGUUUGCGGGGGAUGAAGACCUCUUGCAACUCGACACUCACUUGGCACGCCCUACGAAUUCUGACAAUCUCAAAACUGAUUUUACCGAAAAGGCUGGGGAAGACACCCUCAAAGACAUCGAGCCAGUAGAUGGCGGACCUCUUCCACACCUACAGCCACAAACAUUGAUGGAGGACCUCCCACCCAGCGCCAGCAAGAUUCCUGAGUGGGAGCUCCGGCGUGCAUAUGUCCCUGCGAAAGCGCUGCCCAAAUUCCCCUACAAGUAUGUCUUCCCCCACGGCCGGGAAUUGUCUAGGAAGGUUGCACGAGCAUAUUUUGACGGUGGCCGCGUCUGGCAACGAGUAUGGGAAAUCUACCAUCUGCCUCUUCCGGGUGAGAAAUAUCUUCUACUGGUACCCGCCCUUCAAGUGAAACAGCUUCUCGAUGAGAUUAACUACGACUUUGACUGCGAUUUGGCCCUCCUCACUUCGCAAAAGGGUCUUGCGCUCUCGUUCAAUGAUGGUGAUGGGACUCCCCAGCCAGUUCGUCUGGGUUUUAUCGAAGAUCGCGAAGGGUUGUACCAGAUGGAGCAGCAAAUCCGCCAGGCAACAAAAAGUCAGAGCGACUGGAUGAAGACCUGUAGCCCGGCAGCUUUGCGUGCAUUCCAAGAAAAGGCCUACGACGCUCUCAUGACAUUCAAAAGGGGAAGUUCAAAAUCGAAGGGCCAGUCUGGGGGCUUUGACGCCGUGUUUGCCAGCAGUGGUGAGCUGACUCGGACUCUGCGCAAGAUCCAAUCUUACCUUGGAUUGCAGCAGCUGCCUCCCCAAAAACCAUCCCCACCGGAAAGUGCAGACACGAGCGCUCGCGCCCCGCUGGAAGUCAAUCGAGAGGAAAAUGAUGUUACCCCCGUCUUCUACAGCAUUGACGUGGAGUGGAAUGAGAGAAAUUCGCACCAAAUCACGGAGAUUGGAAUCUCGAUACUGGACACCCGGGACCUUCGCUCCCUGUCUCCUGGACCUCAUGGCGAUAACUGGGCGCAACUCAUUCGAUCGGUACAUCUCCGCGUUGCCGAGUACAAGAGCUUUUGCAACACAAGAUUUGUGCGAGGCUGCCCUCACCUUUUCCUUUUUGGUAAGAGCGAAUUUGUCCCGGAGCGGCGCAUUGGACGACGAGUUGAUGACUUCUUCGCGCCUCCUUCGGGGGAUGCGGAGAGACACAUUGGCGCGUCUCCCCCUGCGCAGAAAGCACAGAAAGAACCUGCUCGGAAGAUGAUCUUGGUUGGUCACAGCCCCGACGGUGAUGUGAAUCUUCUUGCACAACGCAGUCGUGUCUUCCAGACCUUUUUGAGUGAAGGGAGUAUCUUCCUGGAGACACUGGAUACCCAGCAACUGUAUCGCCACCUCCGAAAGGAGCCGCAUCAGCGCAGCCUGGAGCAUGUACUUCAUGGCCUGGGAAUUGAGCCCCGAUGCUUGCACAACGCGGGAAAUGACGCGCGGUACACGAUGGAGGCCUUGAUUCGCAUUGCCUGGGACUUUGCGGAAUGA